GGUGUAUGUACAUCUUAUGUGCACCCUGACCGUCUAAUUAAGGAUGCGUGUUUUAGGGACACUGUGGUUCUUCGUAACACUGGUUUCGCUCGCACAGAUAAAGGACGCUACUGGAGCGGAUUGUAACAUCACAUCGAUAACGUCGACGGCCGCAUCGUCUCUGCUUGUAAAAUGGAACAGUUUUCCUUCAGCUACAAGCUAUCUGCUGGACGUCAGGGUUGUGAAUUCAACCACAAUUGCACCAGUCUUGGUUCAGCUCGCUUCAUCCUAUACCGAGAAACUGGUGCAAGGCUUAAGACCGGGACACAAUCACAUAGUGACUUUAAAAGUGUUCCAGUUUUACUAUGUGAUGUGCAUCAAUUCACUGACAGCAUUCACCGUUCCCACCACCUCGCAAAUCACAUUUUCUAAAGCGAUUUCGAGCACCUCGAUCAGAUUUGAAUGGUCCAGUGCUUUUGGAUCUGAUAAAUACAUACUGGGAGUGGACAAAUCACUUUCUCCGACUACACAUCAUGAAGAGAUAUUCACCACAUUAAGCGGUCAAGUGAACAACCUCCAGCCAUCCACAGCAUACAAUUGCUACAUCUACUCCUCUAACUCUGCUGGUCUGGGUGCUAAGAGCCUUGUUAAAACCAUUAGAACUUUGGUGCAGCCACCAGCAGGAGUGACUGUGGUGAAAGUGAGCCAGAAAAUAGCUCGUGUUUCAUGGAAUAGCGUUCCUACUGUCCUGAUCUAUCAGGUGACAGCAUCAGCCAAUAACAAGCCAUCGAUCCCUCCUGUUAGUUGGAAUGCCACUACUCUCGCUUUGGAAAUCCCAAAUCUUGUGCCAUGUACAACAUACACAAUAGGGGUUUCAUCCAUCAGCAUGUUCCUGGAACCAGGAGAACCCUCAAACGUCAACUACACAACUCCUAACAUUUUACCGGUUACCGAAAUCUCAGCAGAGUACAACUGCAUCGGUGCAUCGGCAUCGGUCACUUGGGGCGAGGUAUUUGGUGCCACAUCGUACCGCGCAGUAGUCAAGGAUGUUCAAGGCACGACACACAACUGCACAUCCACGAGCAGCUCUUGCCAGAUUUCCACGCUGUCCUGCGGUAAAAGCUACACUGUGCAAGUUAUAGCCGUGGCUGACUGUGAAAGCAUCUCAAACGCCAGCUACGUCUUUGAGACAGCACCCUGCCCACCUGCAAACCCAGAUGCAUACCGCGAGUGCUCCAGUAACGUCAUCCUGUACUCCUGGGCUGCCACCAACAACACGGCUUACUACAAGGCCAUUGCUCAGGCCUCGGACGGGGAGAUACGAGAGUGCCUCACCGUGGACACCUCCUGUUACUUCACCAACAUGAUGUGUGGCAAAAACUACACCUUUACAGUCAGCUCCUUCUACUCUGGAGAACUCAGCUGUAACAGUGGAAACACAACCCCUUUGACGGUUGUCACAGCUCCAUGUCUGCCUCAUAAUGUGUACUCAACUGCGGACUGUAGCAUUGGCACUGCCAGUGCUAGUUGGGAUCAGGUGGAAGGUGCCCAGUCCUACGUGGUGGAGGCCCGCGGUAACCGCAGAGAUUUCUACAACUGUACAUCUCAGGGCAACAACUGCAUGCUAACAGGUCUGGAAUGUGGAGAGAGCUUGAGCGUGUGGAUUAUUGCCAAAAAUGAAUUCUGUACUACUGAUCCAGUGCUUGGGGAGGUGGCUGAGACAGUUCCAUGCCCACCUCAGAACGUGUCCGCUGUGGAAACCUGUACUUCAACCUCCGCCACUCUUUCUUGGAUCAUCAGCAACGGCGCUGUCUUCUAUUUAGGUGUGGCCACACACUCUAAUGGUACAGUCCACACCUGCGUUUCCAUGGCAACAGAGUGUGAGUUCCAGGACCUGAGAUGUGGGGAGACCUACGAUGCCUAUGUCUUGGCAACAAACAUGCAAUGCAACAGCUCGAACAGUGAACAUGUCACCCUGAGGACGGCUCCAUGUGCCCCGGUCGGCGUUGGCAUAGUAAGAGCCUGUGGAGUGAAUCAGGCAACAGUGAGCUGGCAGACCCUUCAGGCUGGUGGUCAGUACACAGCAGUGAUGGAAAAUACAAACAGCCCCUCACUGAACUGCAGCACGAGUGGCAACACCUGCAACUUUCCAAACCUGCCCUGUGGACUGAUCUACAACGUCAGCGUCACGUAUCAUGACGGUCACUGCAGUAGCCUGCCAUCCACAGUCAAUCAGAUACGAUCAGCACCUUGUGACCCUCAAAACAUCACAUCUGUGCUUCAGUGUGAUACUAACGUGGCUACGGUGACAUGGAACGCCAGUGUAGGAGCAAACGGGUACACAGCGAUGGCUUACGCAGCCGGGCAGCAGCAAACUGUGGCUUCCUGUAGCACAAAUGGAACUUCCUGUCAGCUGACAUCUCUGCCAUGUGGAAUGCGACUGAAUGUGACUGUCCAAGCCCAGGAUCCUACCUGCAACAGCAGCGCUCCAACUACUGCUGCUGCAAUAAUAACAACAGCUCCCUGUGCUCCCACCAACGUCACCGCAAGUCUAAACUGUACCUCUAAAAUUGCUUCCAUCUCCUGGAAUGGAGCUCUUGCGGUCACUGGGUAUCUGGUAAAGGCUGAGGGCAGCAAUGGGCACACAUCCUCGUGCAAUACCACAGAUACACGCUGUGACAUUACAGACCUGAGCUGUGGGCAGGAAUACUCCCUCACUGUCGUGGGAAAGAAUGGUGACUGUAUGAGCCAGGCUAGCCAGCCAGUUAUUCUCAUUUCAGCACCGUGUCAAAACACUGGGAUUCAAGCGAUGCUGGACUGCCAUACAAACACAGCACUCAUUUCCUGGACACCAGGAAACGGGACGUUGGGUUUCAAUGCGAUGCUGCAUUCCACCGAGGAUUCCCAUCAGCACAGCUGCACAACUAACAGCUCGUCCUGCAAUGUCACCUCGUUGCACUGCGGUGAACGCUACAACGUCAGCGUCACGGGAUACGGCCAGAGCUGCUCCACCUCCUCUACAACCCUCCUCACUGUAGAUACAGCUCCGUGCGUCCCCACUCAGGUCAACGUGUCACUGUCCUGUCAGUCUGACACAGCAACUAUUUCCUGGACCGCCUCUAGUGGCCUUGUUUCAUAUUAUUAUGUGGCGACAGCGGAAGGCGCUAACGGACAAACGUUAACGUGCAACUCCAGCAGCAGUUCCUGUAACAUCAGCGGCCUGUUGUGUGGGCGGACCUACAAUGUGUCAGUCACAGCCGCGAGUGCCAACUGCACUGGGGAGCGCAGCGCAAUAUAUCGCGUCAAUACGGCACCGUGUGCGCCGGUUCUGAACGAUGUGAUUCUGAACUGUACUUCGCGUUCUGCUGCGGUGAUGUGGUCCAGUUCAGGGAUGAGUGCAGAUAUGUUCUCGGUCAGCGCAGUGGAUGCUCAGGGUGGACAGCUGGGCUGUAGUGCCACAAAUGGCAGCUCCUGUGUGGUGGCCGGACUGCAGUGCAGUCAGACAUACACAUUUUGUGUGAAUGUGACACAAGGCCAAUGCACCAGCGCUGUUAGCAACACACUGCAGAGACAGACAGGCCCUUGCCCUCCUCAGAAUAUCCAGUCUGUUAUAAACUGUGGCAACAACACAGCUAGCGUGUCCUGGUCCCGUAGCAAUGGAUCGAUUUCCUCCGUCGCGACCUUGGAAUGUUCUAAUGGCCAGACAUAUAUCUGCAGGACCACAGCGACAGGAUGUGACAUCACUAACAUGCCCUGCGGACAGACCUGUACUGUGAAGGUAGUGGCGGAGGGAACUUCCUGCAACAGCUCUAUUGGCAUUGGACCAAAUAUCACAACAACUCCUUGUGUACCACAAAAUCUGUCUGCCAGUGUGAGCUGUAGCAGUAACACAGCAACAGUCUCUUGGGGGAGUAGCCAGGGGGCGGUGCUUUACUCAGUGACAGCCAGUAGUGUUAAUGGCCUCUCAGCAAACUGCACCUCAGGCUCCACCUCCUGUGUCCUUUCACCUUUGACCUGUGGAGAGAGAUACACGGUUACAGUGAGGGCAGUGGGCACCAACUGCAGCAGUGAAGUCAGCGCACCUGUACAGAUCCAAGCAGUGCCUUGUACCCCACAGAAUGUCUUGUCCACUGUGAAUUGUAUGUUGAAUGCACUAGUAGUGUCGUGGACACCUAGUGCGGGUGGUCAGUACUACACAGCCACUCUGCAGGACAGCAAUGGGCUCUCCACCAGCUGUCAGUCUUCAGGCUCACAGUGUAAUGUUACAGGACUCAGGUGUGGACAGCAGUACUCCGUCAAUAUGACAGCAUCAGAUAAUCUGUGCACUAGUCCUCCGAGCCCGACUGUCAAUACUCAGUCAGUUCCUUGUGCAGCUAGCUCUAUCAGGGCUACACUGGACUGUGUGCUCGGGACGGCCACAGUGUCGUGGCAGUACGGGGCAGGUGCACACGGCUAUGUUGUAUCUGCCCUGGGAUCCGUGGGUCACGGGGCUACCUGUACUUCCAACAGUUCCAUCACAAACUGUGAACUGAGCCCUCUACAGUGCGGUGACGGGUAUGGGGUGACCGUACAGACUCUAGGAAACCCAUGCAAUGUCAGCGCACAGAUGAAUGGCUCUCUGAUCACAGGUCCGUGUGCAUCUCAACAUCUAACCGUGCAGUAUAGUCCCUCCAUCGCUCAGCUCUUCUGGAACUCCACCAGAACCACCAACUUCACAGCAGUGGCUGUGACGGAGCAGGGUCUGACAGCAAGCUGUAACACCUCUAGCACGACCUGUGCCCUCUCAGGACUAGAGUGCGGUCAGAUUUACAACAUAACACUGACCACUCACAGCAGUGUAUGUGACAGCACGGCAGACUUUGACCCCAUCAAAACAGAACCGUGUCCUCCUCAGAAUGUUAGAGCUAAUGUAAACUGCCCUACACUAAAUGCUACGGUCACCUGGGAGCCCAGCCGGUUUGCUGUGGGAUAUGCUGCGUUCCUGGAAGGUCAAAAUGGUCAUUCCACUUCCUGUCGGACGAAUCAGACAUACUGCAGCAUACCUGGUCUCACCUGUGGAACGGUUUACUAUGUCAAAGUCCUUGCCAUCGGUGAGGUGUUCAACAGCUCUGACAGCAUUGGGGUCAACAUGACAUCAGCACCCUGUGUACCCACCAAUAUGUCAGCCAUAGUGGACUGUGCCUCAGAUUCAGCGCUCGUGUCCUGGAGCGCCAGUGUGGGAGCAGAAAAUUACUCUGUGACGGCUUUAGGGUCAGGAGGUCAAGAGGUCUCAUGCUCCACCCAACAGAACCACUGUAACAUCUCCUCCCUGUACUGCGGACAGCUCUAUGAACUCACCCUCACCGCAACCAACCAACAUUGUGAAAUCACCACCACCACCAACGUUACUUUCCAGUCCAAACCCUGUGCACCGUCACGGGCAAUAGUUGAUAAAGCCUGUGGAAACGACACAGUCUUGCUGUCCUGGGAGGAAAGUGACGGAGUGGAUUACUACUCCGCCCGAGCUCUCAGUCAAGGAGGACAAGAGAAGCUUUGCAACUCAACUUCCUCCGUUUGUUAUUUCUCUAAUCUGCUCUGUGGGGAGACAUACGCCUUCACUGUCACCGCCUACAGUGGCCGCUGCCAAAGCAACACCAGUGUACCUGAAUAUCUCACUACAGAUCCUUGCAGACCAGAAAACGUGACAGCUCAUGUGUCAUGUGACAGCAACACAGUAAGGCUGGACUGGUCAAAUGCCAGAGGCGUGUCGCUGUACAAUGUGAUGGCUACAGGGAGUCUGGGAUAUAGCAAUGCCUUUAAUACCUCCACUAAUAAUCUGUCUGUGUCACUGCCCUGUGGACAAAGUUACAGUGUGACUGUUCAGGGCCAAAGCCAAGACUGUGACAGUCCACUGAGCGCCCCUGCGCUUUUCAUACUCGCCCCCUGUGCACCCCUUGACCUUGUGACAUAUGUGGAGUGUACGGACCAGACUGGUGCGGUCAGCUGGGGCUCAAGCGAUGGGGCAAACAUGUACACAGCCACAGCAACAGGUCAGGACGGGCACACACACCUGUGCGUCACUAACGGAACCAGCUGCACCUGGGAGGACUUGCACUGCGGCGAAACCUAUAACGUCACAGUUACCGCCAAUGACAGCCGCUGCACGAGCCCUCGUAGCAACGCCACAUAUAUACACACGGCCCCAUGUGUUCCUCAAGCUGUGAUGCCCACGCUGGAUUGUGGUACAGGGGUGGCCACUCUGAACUGGGCUUCCAGCGCCGGAGCUGAGACAUAUAACGUGUCGGCAGAUAACGGAGCAGGACACACACUGCAAUUCAGUACCAAUGUUACCAACGGCUUCCUGUCAAAUCUACUCUGUGGCCAAACGUAUCUUAUCACCGUUCGCGCCCUCAACAGGCAAUGCAGCAGUGCACCGAGUUCACCUGCUAACAUGUGGUCAGUGCCAUGUGUUCCUCAGAGCGUGGUGUCUGCACUGGAUUGUCUAUCUAACUCUGCACUCGUGCAGUGGAUCAUCAGCCAGGGGGCGGAGUCUUACCUGGUGGUUGCUGCGGGAACCGACGGUCAUAGAGCUAAGUGCAACGCAACUGCUCCGCAGUGCAACCUGCAAGAGCUACACUGCAGCACCUCGUACAACAUCAGCGUCAUCGCUGUAAAGCAGCAAUGCAACACUUCCAUGAGUUCAACUGUACAGACUAAAACUGCACCGUGUGUACCUGCUCACGUGCAGGGCAGUGUGGACUGCGCAUCUGGAAAUGUGUCUAUGUCCUGGAAUCAAAGCGUGGGAGCUGUUUCCUACUCAGCUGUUGCUCAGGGUAAUGCUGGCUAUGCCUCAGUGUGUAACAGCACUGGAACAACAUGUGCUUUCUCAGACCUGCUCUGUGGGAUGAACUACAGUCUAGCCGUCAGUGCGUCUGACGGGACCUGCGUUACCGCACCAAGUCAACCGGUCGUCCUGAGUACAGUACCGUGUAAGGCACAGAAUGCUAGCGUCCAGAUGAGCUGUAGCACAAACACUGCCGUUGUAACCUGGGAGCCUAGCGAUCGAGUCACAAGUCACAUAGUCAGAGCCAUUGGCUCUGAUGGACAUCGCAUCAACUGCACCAGUUCCAACGACAGCUGCAUAUUAACCAGCAUGCACUGCGGUCAGAACUACAAUGUGACCGUCGCCGCUCUGGACGGGGCUUGUGACAGCAGCAACACAUUCCUUGUUCUGCAAUCAGCUCCAUGUGCACCUAGCAACAUACUUACAUCUUUGCUUUGCACAACUCAAAAUUACGGACUUGUGUCCGUGUCCUGGGGGCAAGCAAACGGGGCGCAAUCUUACGUGGCAGAGGCCAUUUCUGCUGACGGUCAUUCCUCCUCUUGUAACUCCAGCACCACCUCCUGUGAUCUGCAAGGAUUGCAUUGUGGUCAGAUUUACAAUGUUUCUGUCUACUCACUGGCCAAUGGCUGUCAGAGCGUGAAGAGCGCCAUGUCACAAGUGCAGACAGCUCCAUGCCCCCCUCAAAACGUAUCCGCCCAAGUGCAGUGCGCACUGGGGUCCGUGCAGGUGAGCUGGAGUCCAGUGGUGAAUGCCGAACAGUUCCGAGUGGUCCUGGCGGCCCACAGCACUGGUGUGAUUUCUUCAUGCAACAGCACAGGCACGCAGUGUUCCAUCAACAAUCUGCCCUGCAAUGAAAGAUUUAACCUCAGUGUGGUGGCAGUGAGGGGCAGCUGUCAGAGUCAACCCAGCAGCAGCCUUAUCGCCUCAGCUCCGUGCGCUCCUCAAGGGGUUAACGGUACCAUAGACUGUAUCACGAACUCCGCAUGGGUAUCAUGGAAUGUGAACAAUGGUGCGGAGUCGUACACUGUGCUAGCUGUAGGGGACGAUGGUCACACUUCCAACUGCUCCACCACAAACACCACCUGUAGUGUAUCUGACCUAGGCUGCGGAAAGAGCUACAACUUCACCGUCACUGCAUCCAACACUGCCUGCCAGAGCAUUCCCAGCAGCAGUUUCCAUCUGGAGACGGCACCUUGCGCUUUGUCAUCCAUCGUGGCAGUGGCUGAGUGCCACAGUAGCGUGAUCCAAGUACAGUGGCAAAGAGCACAGAUAGGAAGUUCUCUCUACAUUGCAACAGGAGAGGGCCAGGACCGUUCCCUCCUUACCUGCAAUAGCUCCGCCUCUUCCUGUAACCUUACAAAUGUGCAAUGCGGUAUGGAGUACACCAUCAUUGUAGCUGCAUCCUCCAACCGCUGCAGCAACCUCCGCAGCUCACCCUACAAGAUAAGCACAGCCCCCUGUCAGCCCACAGCUGUAGAAGCCCAUACAGAAUGUCAUACAAACGAUGUGUUCGUGUCAUGGCAGCCUUCUUACGUGGCAAGGGAGUAUGCACUUACUGUGGUCGGCAGAAGUGGAGAUAGAUUGAUGCACCGCACCACGAACAGUAACUUCACACUGACCGAUCUACGCUGCGGCAACACCUAUUAUCUCUCCGUGUCAGCAAGUCAUGCGAACUGCACCAGCGUGCCCAGUCCAAACAUCACCUUUAACACCAUGCCAUGUAAGCCUGCCAACCUGACUUUAGGGGUGCAUUGUGGGAACAGCAGUGCCUCGCUGUCGUGGACAGGGAGUGUAGGAGCAGUGUCCUACGUGGGACUUGCUCAGUCCGACAAUGGGACGACAAUUUACUGUCACAGCACGAACACAUCUUGCAGUCUGCAGGGCUUAGUGUGUGGCACGGUGUACAACUUCACGGUCCAGGCUUCGGAUGGCAUUUGCAACAGUUCAUACAGUGACAGUUUAAUUGGAGGAGCAGCUCCCUGUCCUCCAGCUGGGUUGAGCGCUGUUCCUCGUCAGAUAGCGAAUGUAACUCAGAUCUUAAGGGCGUCCUGGUUUGCUGGGAACUGUCCUAAUUCUGAAUACCUCCUGCAAGUCAAUGGUGGCAUUUUGGGCAACGCCCAGGCGCUAUUUGAAGUCGCUUCCUAUUGGACGAGCCGCACAUUCUUUGAGAUUCCCCUCCCAUGUGGCUCCUCCUACAACGCAACCAUCAGGGCAAGGAACUUUGCAGGCUCCAGCGUCGAGUCCACCGCUGUCUCUGGAACCACAGUGCCUUGUGCCCCUGCAAACGUGACAUACUCUGCAGCGACGACAGUGGCCUGGAAUGCAUCCAUAUAUGCUACAAACUACACUGUCUAUGGGGUCACCUUCUCUGGCAGGACAAGGCUCUGCAUGACCUCACAGCUCCUUUGCUCUGUCGGCAACAUCAGCAGUGGUUACAUCGUCGUAACUGCAAGCAACUCUGCUGGAGAGAGUGAAUACUCGUUGCCUGUUUUGGUUACAGCAGGUCUCGGGAGGAGGUGAGACUCAUCAUAAAAUGAGACGGGCCUGCCUAAAACGGAGUGCAUGUUCAUAAAUCAUUGCAACCAACCUCUUGCCUCUAAAGAAUUCCUGCAAGAAUUAGUGUAAUGCUGUACUUCUGCAUGUAUAAUGUAUUGUGGUUCAAGGUUCACUUUAUAUGAUUUUAAAGUUAAGGGUAGAACAGCUUCAAGGGAAUAAGCACUAUAACACUAUAGCUUUAAAAAUAUAUUUUUUUGGCUGAAGGAUUUACUUUUGUGUACUUUAGAUGCAAUGCCAAAUAUUUAAAAACAAUUAUACAUUCCUGUUUUUUGUACAUGAGCAGAUUUAUAUUAAAUAUCAAGAGCAUUUCUGCAUGUGAUUUGUGUUAUAAAUUAUGCAUAAAAAUGUAAAGCACAUGUAAAAUAAAUCACCAUACACAAAAAUCAGCUGCAUUUCCAAUAAAAUUAACCAAGGUACGUUUUCAUUGACAUUG